CUGGAACAGGAUUUCUGGAACAAAAUUGUCUGGAAAGCUGCAGUUACAAAAAUGUGAACAUGACAUUUCAUUGGCACUGAGCUGUUUGUGUUGCUUAACAACUCUCGCAUGUUGACACAACAUGUUUAUAGGGGACAAUAUAUUUUGUUUUUACUGAAUAAAUCUUACGUUUUGUAGUCUACCUUUAAUCAUCUCACUCUGCUACUGGAGGGAAGGACAAAGCAGAGGAUCGAUGACCCUGAAAGCAAUUCCAGUCAUUGGUGCAGUGAGACGGCCGGAGUUAGUCAACAAUGUUGGACCUCCUGGACAAAACUUGAACGUUCUAAUUUCUCAGCCUACUCUUAACACACGGAUAUCCGACUGGCAAACUGGCCGGAGCAGAGGACUUGAAUAGCAUAACAUUUCUGAAGGCCUAUGUCAAACUAAUGAAAUGAGAUAAUCUACAUUUGACUUUCGAUUGUAUUUGAUUCAUAAUCUUGAGAGAUGGCAUAAACCAUAAGGCGUUUAAGUCCUUGCAAACGCGAUAACGUGUCAUCAUAUGUUUGUUUAGCAAUCGAUGUCUAAAAUUAGUUCGUUAGUAGACUAAUUCAUCUCAUUAUCAAUUGACAAUUAACCUUAUUUACGGUAAAUUGGCGUCUUACCUAUUUACCGUAAAUAGCCUCCUAGACUAUAGACCUCCCACUGUGACAGCAAGCCAGGGAAUGUUUUGGCCAACAGGGAGAUUAGACAGGUGUGGCUGAGUGGGUCUUCUAUUGUGGUGCACGCGGAGGAAAGUUAGGAUACAUUUGAUUAUGGAUUCGGUAUUUGACGUGGACUUUGAGUGAAGUUGAUUUCAAAGUGCAAAAGCAAUGGAAAUCAAUGUUUGGAAUAAUUGUGACUACAGCCAAAAUGUUACCUUCUUCUAUGAACUGGUUGGGAAAAAAAUCAGUGAAGAAUGGACAACUCGUGACUUUGUCGUGAUAGGACUGGGCUUGGUGGUGUGUCUCAUUGUGAUACUCUCCAACAUGAUGGUGAUGACAGCCAUCUUCAUCAACCAGCGCUUUCACUUCCCGAUCUACUUCCUCCUGGGCAACAUGGCAGCCGCAGACCUGUUUGCAGGGCUCGCCUACGUCAACCUCAUUCUGAACACGGGGCCCUGGACGAGCAGGCUGACCAAGCCCCAGUGGUUCGUCCGGGGAGCCCUUAUCGACAUCAGUCUGACGGCCUCAGUGGCCAACCUGCUGGCCGUGGCCGUGGAGCGCCACCAGACCAUCAUCACCAUGCAGUUGCACAGCCAGAUGAGCAGGCGGCGCGUGGUGCUGCUCGUCGUCUUCAUCUGGGCCGUGUCGAUCAGCAUGGGCCUGGUGCCCUCCAUGUUCUGGAACUGCGAGUGUGACCUGGCCGACUGCUCCACCAUCGCCCCCCUCUACAGCCGGCGCUUCCUGGUCUUCUGGGCCCUGCUCAACCUGCUCACCUUCUUCGUCAUGGUGGCCGUGUACGCCCGCAUCUUUCUCUACGUGAGGCGCAGGAGCCGGCGGGCCACCCAGUACACCACCCAGCUGUGGCACAGCCAGACCAUCGUCAACCUGAUGAAGACCAUCUCCAUGGUGCUGGGAGCCUUUGUUAUCUGUUGGACCCCAGGGUUGAUGACCCUGUUACUGGAUGGGCUAAUGGGGAAAGACAGCCAUGCCCAGACCUAUGAAAAGUACUGUCUGGUCUUAGCGGAGUGUAACUCUCUGGUCAACCCAAUCAUCUACUCUCUCCGGGACGAGGACAUGAGGAGGACGUUCAAGAGCAUUCUGUGCUGGCCCUGCAGGAGGAGAUGUGACCAGCAGGGGGAGCCCUCUCCUGAGUUUGAAACAGCACACCUCGAGGAUAAUAAUGGUUGCGCCAUGAAAGAAAAGGACAGUGCCAGCUGUACUCUAACUGAUGCAGAGACGGACUAUAGACAAGCCCAUCUGUUGAUGGAUGGAUGAUGUCAUAGAAUUAAUAUCCUAAAAGGACCUGUGGCUCAUACCAUUAACCACUAAAUGAAUGUAUUCAUCUGGCAACAUUUCUCAUGGAUGAUUGUGCAUGCCUGUAAAGUACUGUAUUUGUAUAUUUAUUUAAAAAAAAAACUUGAGGCAUCAUUAAGUGUAGACUGAUGUAAAUAUGAAUGAACUUUAAUGUCGUGUUGCCAUACGUCGUCCAGCAAUCCAAGUUUGUUUGCCUGUGAAAAUCUGACUGCCAGAGUAUUACAUUAUGUAAAAUAACAUCCAAUGGUGCAAUUCUCUCCUUUUAUUUGUUUAAAUGUCACAAGAGCAUAAAUGUAGUGACAAAAAGCAUGGAAUUAAAACAUGACACCCCCCCCCCCUCCAAAACAAGCCCUAGAAAAUGAAAAUCACACUAAUUAUUUUAUUAGUUUUCUAAUAAGGAAUACUACAGCUUGUCAUAUUUUUCCUUUUUGUUUUUACUCUUUCUAGAACAAUUCUAAAUUGAGGUAUAAAAGGAUUACAGACUCACAAGUCUGAAAAAAAAGGGUUUAUGUACAAGAGAAAUGGAGACAGAGGUAGAGAGACAAGAAGUGGUAAAUACAAGGGGAAGUGAAGAAGAGGGAAAUGCAAAGAUACUAAUGAAACAAAGUCAGUAACGGGUUAUGAAAGCAUUUGAUUUGGUGCUGUGGAAUCUUGUAAGCACAGGUAAGAACUUGAGUCAGAUCAAUGACAAAUUGGUCGAGAUCAUUUCGGUAAGGGCCAAAGAGCCCUCUGUCUUGGGCCUCUUGUUUUAACUGUUCAGCUCAUUAUUUGACAAAUGUAUUUAACAUGAUUUACAAAGGGAAUUUAAGGCUAUUUGCACAUUAUUGCCGGAAUAGUUGCCAAUUCUUCAAGGAGAAUUCUAACUGCACCAAACCAAGCUGACACCCAUAAACCCACAACAUAACCCUAUCAUGAAGAAUAUCACUGAAAUCAUACAAAAAUGUAAUCAACCCCUACAGAACAAAAAAAGGCCAAACCAACCACCCCCACAGCUCACCCAGGAAAAAAAAUAAGAACAAAAACAAGGUUUAUAAAACACUGAAACAUUCCACAAACUGUACAGUGACAUCCAUUACGACUGGUAGAAAAAAGGGGUCGCUAAUUUGGUGUAUUGAUCGCAUUACUUGUAAGAUAUAGCCAUAUGAGAAUGUUUAUAAUAUAAGUAACAAUAAUAGUAAACAAGGAUACAGUAAACUGGCUAAUACAUUGAUGAGCUUAAAAAGCUCCUCAACCAAGUAUUUUCUGUAACAUGAAUGAACAAAGUCUCAAUUUACAUUUCAAUGUUCAUAGGUCUUUGUUGAAUAUAGUGAGUUCCCAUUACAUUAUCAAAACACCCUGCUACUUACAUACGUUGCUUUAUAAACAACUCAAACCAAA